AUGCCUAUUCCAUUAGGACAACGAUCAAUACCUAGUCCACUAUCAUGGAAUUUAACAAUCGAUUCAACUGUUAUUGUUGUUACAGGUUCAAUGUCAAUCGGUACCCUUAUAGUGCAACUUGUGAAUCAACUUGAUGUAUCUGAAGAUUUUUCUGAUCAUGCACUUUGGUGGCCAAAAGCGAAUAUAUGGUUAACAAAUACGAAAUGGACACUUGAUCAAUAUGGUAUUCAAUCUGAUAGUUAUUUAACAUUUACAACUAUGCAUAAAAUAAUUCGUUUACAAUUACCUGAUUUACGUGUUUUAUCAAUUCGUGCUGAUUUUUCUGUAUCAAUUUAUGCAUCUGUUUGUAAAAUUUGUAAAGAUCUUGGAAUUCGUCAUGCUGAAGAACUUUCACUUUUACGUUUACCAAAAAUUAUAAAUACAAAUGAUCGUCGUACGUCACCACGUCGUCGACGUCAAAAUUUUAAUACACUUAAUCGAUAUAAUUCAAUGGGAGAUUCAUUAGCUACUAAUACAUCAACUAUUUCAACAUCAUUUUCUCCAACAACAGUAAAACCACGAUCAACAGUUACAAUUGAUAAAAUGGCAGAUUCAUCAUUCCAUAAUCAAUGUUCAACAUCAAAUCUAUCAAAGUCACUUAAUAUUAUAACAAUAAAUGAUGAUGAAAAUCUUGCUCAUACACCAUUAACACCAAGAAAAAAUCUUUUACCACACAUAAUUCGAUCAAUAAAUUUAAUCGAAAAAUGUAAAUUAAAUAAUCUAUGGUUGGAUUCAUCUAUAUCAUUAAUGGAACAAAAUAUAAAUGAAAAUGAUUUAAUUUUAUUACGUUUUAAAUAUUAUUCAUUUUAUGAUUUAAAUCCUAAACUUGAUGCUAUACGAAUAAAUCAAUUAUAUGAACAAGCUAAAUGGUCAAUAUUAAGUGAAGAUAUAGAUUGUACGGAAGAAGAAAUGAUGACAUUUGCUGCUUUACAACUACAAAUUCAAAUUCAAUCUUCAUCAUCAACAAUAAUUAAUUCUCAACAUGAUGAUAUAAAUCAUCAAUAUGAUAAUACAAAUAUUGAUCAAGCACUUGAACAUUUACAAAAUUCUUUAUUAGGAAAAGAUAAAAUUCAACAAAUAAAUAUUCAUCAACAAACAAAAGAAGAUUUACGUGAUUAUUUACGUCUUUUUAAACCACGACGAUUUACAUUUAAAUCAUUUAAACGUUAUUGGUUUGUUUUACAAGAUACACAAUUAACUUAUUAUACAAAUGAAUCUCAACAAUAUAAUACACCAAUUGAAAAAAUUUCACUUAAAGGUUGUGAAAUUCUUCCUGAUAUGAAUAUAUCAGCAAAAAAAUAUUCAAUUCGUUUAAUGAUACCAUCUAUUGAUGGUAUGAAUGAAACAUUAAUCAAAUGUUCAACAGAAGAACAAUAUGCAACAUGGAUAGCUGCAUUACGACUUGCAUCAAAAGGUCGAUCAAUAGAUGAAACAUCUUAUGAAACAGAACGUGAAUCAAUAUUAGCAUUAUUUAAUAUGAAAAAUUCAUCAUCAAAUUCUCAACAUAUAAAAUUUAAUAUUCAACCAGAAAAUUAUGUUUCAAAAAAAAUUUCAAAAAAAUAUAAAACGAAACAGUUAACUGAACGUAUUCUUGAAUCAUAUACUGCUGUAAGUAAUUUAGAUGGUACCGAAGCUAAAUUACAAUAUUUAAAACUAUGGCAAUCUUUACCUGAAUUUGGGAUUUCAACAUUUGUUGUUAAAUUUAAUGAUUCAAAUAAAAAAGAAGAAUUACUUGGUAUUGCUUCAAAUCGUCUUUUACGCAUGACAAUGACAGGUGAAACAAUAAAAACAUGGUGGAUAUCACGAAUGCAUUCAUGGAAGGUUAAUUGGGAAAAUAAAUUAUUAACAAUUGAAUUUGAUGGUGAAACAAUAGAAUUUUUACCAUUAUAUGAUAUAAAUAGUAAAUGUAUACAUGAGUUUAUUGGUGCUUACAUUUUUUUGGCUAUGCGAUCAACAAUAAAAAUGUCUGAUAACGAUAAUUCACUUCAACAAGAAAAACUUUUUCAACAACUUACAGCUGCAUAUACAUAA